UACAAAUGAUUCUCAAUCUGCUUAAUGUUGUUAGACUUUUAUUGGCAUCUAUAAGUUCAAUACAUCUAACAAAAACGCCAGUAACUGAAGCAGAAAUACAAUUAAAAGAAGACAUACAAAAAUUAUUGCUAGAUAGCAUUUUUCACUAUAAUGGAUUGGAAGUGAUGGAAGAAACCUAUCUCGAUUAUCAAGAACCUUAUAAAUUACACAGUUUCAAAAUAAUUGAAGAUGACGAAGAAGCAUGGAGUGAAGAUAAUUUAAAUUCUCAUCUACAGUGUUCAAACAGUGAAGUAAAUUUUGACAGUACUUAUAAAAGACGAGCUGUUGAAUAUUGGCGGAAUUUAGACGAUAAUAAAGAAAUUAACCACAGAAAAAGGCAUCGUUCUCUAAAAUUAGUACAAAGUAAAUUUAAAAGAGUUUCAUAUGAACGUCAGUUAAGACGAUGGGAAGAACAACUACAAUCAACUGGAAAUCGUUUGGAAAAAUUAUCUUAUAUCUCCAAAUUUACACAUGAUAAAUUUACUGCAGCUAUUGAAUCAGGAUUUAUGGUUCAUGAUUCAUAUCGAUUUAAAAAAAUGGGCUUUACAAGCUCAAGAAGAAAUAGGAAAUGUAAUUCCUAUAUUUAAAGCAUCUCACAGCUGGAUAUCAAGAUUAAAAAAAUCCCAUCGAAUUGUUUCAAGAAAAGUUACGAAGUUUGUAACUAAAAGAACAGUGAAAGAUUCUAUUGAUUUACAAAACUCAGCAAAUAAUUUUUUAAAAACAGUGAAACCACUUAUUGAACAGUUUGGAGCAGAAAAUGUUUAUAAUUCUGAUCAAAGUAGUUUUUAAUUAGAAAUACAUUCUGGAAGAUAAUUGUCUCCUAAAGGAAUAAAAAAAGUAGGGCGUAUCGUACAAUCUGUGUCAUCAACAACCCAUUCAUACACGAUACAAUCAAUAAUAUCAUGUAAUGGUAAUUUGCUGUCACUUUUAUUUAUUGUUUUGAAAGAAGCUAACGGCGAAUUUGGACCGAGAGUACAAGAAACUUUAUUUAAACUAACAAAUGUUAUUGUAAAAGCAUCGAAAUCUGGUAAAAUGACAUCAGAUCAUUUUAAAAUGUGGUUAGAAGCUUAUUUUUCAAACGUUGGUUCUAAUAGCGUUCUUCUUAUCGAUUCAUGGACCGGACAUUGUCCCAAUAUCAUUUCGGAUUUAACACCUCUAGAUAAACAUAUUACUACUAUGAUUAUACCGAAAGGUACUACAGGAAAAAUACAACCAUUAGAUGUUUACGGAUUUAGAAUUUGGAAAAAUUUUGCUAAAAGAUUUUCAGAUAUAGUUUUAUUAUUGGAAUGUGAUAUAAAUUUGCAUGAACGAAAUAAUAUAAUAAAAUUGCAAUCUUUGAUACAUAAUCAAUUGUCAUCCCCGCGAUAUCGUAACUUAUUUAAAUAUUCGUGGUUUAAAAGUGGUUAUACGAACGAAAGACUACAGGAAUUUAAAAAUCCAGUAGAAUUUAGUUUGGAUGAUACUUCAACAACAUGUGAUAUCGAAGGUUGCAAUAAUGUAGCUAUAGUAAAAUGUUCAUGGUGCAAAAAAUCAUUAUGUUUAAAACAUUUCUUCGUUGAGUAUCAUUAUUGCAAUGAGUAUAAUGAGUAAAUGAUACAAUACAAAAUGUAUAAAUUUAUUGUAUAAAUAUUUAAAAACUAUUUUAUUAAUACAUAUUUAGAAAUGAUUGUGAUGAUGUAAAUCACAAUCUUAUUAUGUAAAUAAACAAAAUAUAAAAGCAUAAGACCAAAAA